AGGACACUUUACAAGAGGCCUGCUCGCCUUUGGCAGCAGGGGGUUGAUUGCCAUGUGCACACAACUUGCCAAACCGGUCCCUCUGGAUCAAAUGAAAGACUUUUAUCAGAGCUUUGCUCUUGACAUGACCGUAAGUAUCCCAAAAAGGACUUGACGACAAACUCCACGGGAUCAACCUCAGAUGGGCAACCAGACCCAUGGACCAACAUUGCUUUUCAAGAUCGCAACUGCUUAGGCCCAGCGCUGCUGUGGCACAUUGUCAAUGGCUUUCACGCGGACUCCAUGCUCUCGACACCUUUACGGAUAUCGCAUUGAACCAUCUCAGGCGAGAUGCUUCCCUGGCUCUUAUUUCGAUAUUCUUUUUCAUGCGCAGCACCAGAAUCCAGGCUGAUAGGAUGCACUCGCCGAGGAUUUCAUUUUUCUGCUUUCUACACAAGGAUCUGGACCCAUCAUGCAAGGAGACACAGCCGGAGUCGAAACCAACAACACCAGCCUCAGUGGACCGCGAAGGUACCUAUCUGCCGCUUGUCAUAGCAUCAGCAUUUGAGCGGCUUUCAACACGGACGGAUCUGAGCAUCGUCACCAAAGGACUUCUUUCGAAUUGGCCGUUUGAUGACAUCCAAGAUUUCUGUUCAACCACAACAGUGAUGCCAACAACCAUGAAUUGUCACGGAACGGACGACUACUUCAGGCCAUUUUGCAGAGUAAUCGACGUCAAGCGGAUAUGCCCGUUGCUUUCUACCACCUGGACCAAGCUCGACUACCGACAGAUCGCAUUGGCAGACCGCCAUGGACUUAUGGAAUCCUUGUGACACGGAGCUGAGCUUUCUCACAUGAACAGUUUGGUUUGUAACCCGAAUCCUCAAAUAUUGAUCUGGUGAUCUCGGUUGCUAACCUCCACUGCAGGAACAAAGUUGUACCAU